AUGUCUUUCAUUUCCUCCACCUCAAGCUCUAGUUCUUCUAAUUUCUCAAAUAACGUUGAAUUUGAUCGGUUAGUUGAUGAUUAUGCUGCUAACCACCUACCUCAUAUUUUAAUUCCCCAACACUCAUCACAAGAAUCCCAGCUUAAUAAUGAUAUAGCAAAUCCCCCGAAGCCUAAAAGGGAUAGGGAAAGAGAAAAAGGGCAUGUGCAACUAUAUAACGAUUAUUUUGCGAGUAAUGCAGUGUAUAACGACAACCAAUUCCGCCGUAGAUUUCGUAUGCGAAGAUCUUUGUUCUGUCGCAUUAUGAAUAAGGUGGUUGAAGGGGAUCAAUUCUUCCAACAACGUCGGAAUGCAACUGGAAAGAUUGGUUUAUCACCGUUGCAGAAAUGCACCGCUGCAAUAAGAAUGUUAGCGUAUGGCGUAGCCCCCGAUGUCGUGGAUUGA